AUGUCCUUCGGGUUCUCGCCUUCUGAUUUCGUUACUCUCAUCAACCUCACAAGGAUAGCUUACAAAGGUUGGGAAAGCGCCUGCGGUGAAUAUGCCGACAUCACUAGCACGCUCCUCAGCCUUCAGGUUGUGCUGAAAAGAGUUCAACGGCAUGUAGACCAACCGAUAACUGAAAACGUGGAGCCCUUCCUUCAAGCUCCUGGCACCCUGCGCGAUGAUCUGGCAGAAAUCCUCCGAAAUAGCAAUCGGACUGUCGGCGAGCUACAAACUAUCGUGCACAAGUAUCCCAGCCUGGGCCGCGACCGGAAGUCAAAUUGGGAACGCUUGCGACUGGGUUGUAAGCAACUCGACGGAUUGCAGAUCCGCUUGUCGCGCAACCUAAAUCUGAUAUCGACUUUGCUCCUUGACCGGGUGCUACUGUCGAUAGACCUAUGUCACCGGGAUAUCCAUCAUAUCUCCAGUAAAAUCCAAGGAGGUGUUCCCGUGGCUCUAGAAAACAUUGUCGAAAGCCAAGCGUCCGAUGCGAGGACAGCUAGCUCUACGUUCACGACGUACGAACACGACAGUGUGGAAGUCUGGAGAGAACUUCGACGUGAGAUGGUCAAUCUGGGGUUCAAGAGCGAUGAUGUUCUGGCUAACAAGAAUGAUCUACUGGCACUUGCACGGGCUAUAUCUGGCGAU